AAAGUUUAAGAUCAAUUGAUGAAUGCUUAACUGACUAAAAUGACUUUUGUUGUCAAAUAUAUAUUUAUGUGCCAAAACAUUUCAUUUAAAAACGUUUUUAAAUGGGUAACUAAAUUAUGAGGAGAAGCAAUAAGAGCCAAGCAUAGAUAAGAACUCUUGAAAGCAUCCCUCAAAAGACUGAGCCACAACAUUGAAAUUUGUGUUCAUUCCUAGUCUUAACGAAUCAAAAUGUAUUAUAAAAAUGUGGAAAAAUAUGUAUUUAGUAAAAUACAAAAAUACAAUGUGUGGGUCAAAAUUAUCGAUGUUUCUUUUAUGCCAAAAAUCAUUAGGAUAUUAAGUAAAGAUCAUGUUCCAGGAAGAUAUUUUGUAAAUUCCCUACCUUAAAUAUAUGAAUAUUUCUUUAUAUGAAAAUAUAUUUAUUUCUGUGAGUGGAUAGCCUGCCACAGUGCCUCUGAUUAACAACUUCAAAGGUCAUUUUCUCAAUAUUUGGAUUUUUUAAACGAUUGUAUCUCAGUCAGAUAUUAUACUAUUCUAACAAUUCAUACACCAAUAGACAGUUUAUUUAUUCAGCUUUCAUAGGAUGUAAAAAUCUCAAUUUCGAAAAAUUGACCCAUAAUACUGGUUUUGUUGUCCAGGGUCACAUUUAAACACUUUAACAAUCCCUCAUGGUUUCCCGUAAAACUCUCAGAUUGCCAGCCAAUAGGUGACAACAAGGUUUUAUUACCUUUACAAGUCUUAGUUGUGCAAUUAUAGUGAUGACACAUAAGCAUUUCCCUGGAAAUUCCAAAUAUGGCGAGACACGUGGAAUGUUUGACUUGCAAAAUGAUUGACAUGCAAAAGAGACUCAUGGAGGCUGGGUUCAACUUCACACAGUAUGCUCAGCUAGGACUGUUUUUCACACAUCAUUUCAAAUAGCAGAAGACUUCUCUUUAACAAGACAAAGAUGUCGGCUUGUAGACAUCCGAAGGAAAGUGUGAGAAACCGAGCGUUAAUUGUUUGCAUAGAGGACUUCUAUCUGGAUGUGGAACUGUCCCAGCGGAGAGGUGUGAAGAGAGACAUUAAGAGGCUUGACAAAACUCUUACCAAACUCGGCUUCCAUGUGAUAAUCAAAAAGGACAUUACAGCAGAUGGUAUCUAUGAAGCAUUUAAAGCAGAGAGCGAGGAGACGGUCAAAGAGUGUUUUUUAGGCGUCAUAUCUAGUCACGGCGAGGAGGGUGUUGUGUUUGGUGCUGAUGGGUAUCCUGUGAAACUGGCCGAGAUCUACAGCUACUUUGGAGGCCAAUCGAUGGAGGACAAGAACAAACUCUUCCUCAUUCAGGCUUGUCGAGGACACGCGAUGGAUGGAGGUGUAGAGACAGAUGUAGUGGAGACAGAUUCUUCAUCCCCAGAGGUAGAGGAGAGCCUGUCUGAGCUGUUUUCCAUUCCUAUUGACACCGCUGUUAUGUACGCCACACCUCCAGGUUACGUUGCAUUCAUGCAUCCUCUGGGCUCAGUGUUCAUUCAGACCUUCUGUGAUUUGCUGGAAAAUGAACGAGGUCCAGAUCUGGAGAUCACACGACUUAUGACUCGUCUGAACCAUCAGGUGGCUUACAACUUCCAAGCGAGAGGAAAAGUGUUGGGCGGUAAAAAGCAGAUGACAUGCUUUGUGACCCGCUUCACCAGAGAGGUUUUUCCAUUUGUGGACAGCAGCAGCACGACAGCAACAGAGGUUGACCCGAGCUUGACCUUUACAGCCAGACAGCUUGUGAACGAGACGGAAAGGUCAAAGAAGAUCAUCAGCUAAAGAUGAUGUAAUAGAGGCUCAUUUAACAAAAAUUUAAUUGAGGAACGGUUUAUCUUGGAGAGACAUUUCUUAAGAUAUCUUUCUCUCAUGAGAUUGAUAAUGAAUGAUUUUAUGUAAAGUGUGCACGAGAGCAGAAAAUGUUUUGCCGGGAAAGGUGCAGGCGUGAUCGUUACUUUUACUGAGGAUUUAAAUGUCUGUGAUAUUUGCCUUUAAAAUAACAAACUUACUGUUGGUGUUUUUUUAUUACUGAAUGAAAUAUUUUUGUACGUACAUUUUUGUAAGUGCUGUAAA